AUGCCCGAAAGACAUUGUAGGGAUUGUUCGUCCCCGGAGGAGGACGCUUCUCAGUACCGAAAAUACUCUGCUCUGAGAUUAACUAAUGCCCCCGCGGAAGAUUGUGUAGAUGUGUCUACGACAGUGUCGGAUAUCACUGCGUACAAGGCUGAGCACCUUCUCAAGUGUAAACCGGGCGGAGUCGUUCCGAAUGGGUUGAACAUUGUGAAGUUCCAACUAGGCGGUACGAGUACCGUAACAAGGGUGUCGAUAAUAGAUGUGUUCAUUGAAUCGCUAGCGCGUCUGAACUAUCGACUGCAAAAAGUGGAGUCCACCAUCACGGUUGUUGCAUACAUUAUCAUGCUUGCCGCGACCCAGUCAUAUACGUUGGAGGCUCUCAAGGACCAGGCUGUCAUUAAACAACUUCAGGACAUCGUCGCCGAUAUCCACUCUCACAUCGACAACCUCCUGUCGGAACAAGACAAGGUGUUGUUGAAACAGCGAAUCUUCGCUCUCAAACGCAAUUCGCUACCUCCUGUUACAACUCAUAACAUAGCAGACGAAGCGCACGACCCCAUUCUCAUUAUUAUUUUCCACCCGGACUUCCUCGACCCAAACAACCCGACCCUUGGCCUGGAUUACAGGGAAUUUGUCAGGAGCUGCUAUGUCAGCGUCGUUCCGAGUUAUUACGAGCUUCAGAAUACACUCUGGCAGAAUAUGUGUGUACCGCCAAACACGACGAACCUCUCCGAAUUUGGAUCAUUCACGCAAGAUCUAAUCGAGGAACCUACAGAUGAAGGGCGCUACAUCGUUGAUCGUCGUGUGAAGUCAAUCGAAGAAACUGUCAACCAACUAACAGACUGUGUAUUCUCGUUCUACAACAAGACGCGGAGACAACGGACUAAUCAGCAUAAUCACGUUGAGAGGCUUUUACUGUUGUUGGAUUGGAAGAAUUUGGGGAUUGAGUACUCGAAAGCGAGGCAGUUGGCGCCGAGUCGUGCAUAUCCGGAUUCGUUUAGUGAUGAGGAUGAGGAGUAUGAUUCUGCUGCUGGGAUGGAGAGGCCGCCGUUUUCGAUGCCUGGAAGUCCGAGGUUACGGGCUGGGAUGGUGACGCCUGGAGAUAUGGGUACUUUGACGGAAGAGAGGUUGAGUACGAGCGAUUAUCAUGGAAUGAUGGGGCCAGGGAAGAAGGAAGAAGAGGAAGGCUAUCCUUUCCCAUUGGUGAUGAAGGUCCGUUCACGCGCAAGUUCGAUCCAAUCCGGCGCAAGCACGCUUGGUGGCGGAGCGUACAAGAGCCCGAGCGAGAGACUUGCAGCAUUGAGCCACGUAAACCAGAGUCAGGAGGUGAAGGUGAAUGGGGCGUACUAAGUCUGGCGACAAGGCUGUGUUCUUGUCGGAUUGAUAAGAAUAGCAUUGGUCCUGAAAUAUUUGUUGUUUGCGCCUUUCAACGGUUUUUAUACCUCUCUGUUACGACCCUUGCAAAAUUUGUCUUACCGCUCCUUGCCCCGUCCCGUCAUAUCGCCACGUCGUGUUUCCACUUUUGAAUUCCUUCCGUCAACAAUUCACUAUUCUCCUUUCUCCUUUCCUCAACUUUCACGUUUUACUUUUCAACCUUCUCACUCGAUGUGCUACACUGUUGAUGUUGAUGUUACCCGUUAUCAUACAUUUACAUCAUUGUUUCCGUUCAGUAAUCUUCUACUCAUUUACAUGUUCAUCAAUACCUCUGUUGUUC